AUGAUGGACAGCCGGAUACUGGAGCCGCCGCACGCCCAGUUCGGAGGUUCCCUCGGCGGCGGCGGCGGAGGGAUGGUGGGCUUCCCGUACCACCUGAGCCACCACCACGUCUACGAGCUAGCGGCCGGCCACCAGCUCCAGUCCUCCUCCGCCGUCCCCUUCUCCAUAGACGGAUUACUCAAUGGGUCGUGCGCUGCGUCCGUGGGCGGCUCCGGUGGGCUCCUGGCGUCUGGCUGCGGGAUGAACGGAGACAAUCAGCCGUACAAACUGACAGACUCGGGGGACCUGGACAAGGAAAGUCCCGGCUGCAAGAGGCGAAGAACACGCACAAAUUUCACCGGCUGGCAGCUGGAGGAGCUGGAGAAGGCGUUUAACGAGAGCCAUUACCCCGACGUGUUCAUGAGGGAGGCUCUGGCCCUCAGACUGGACCUCAUCGAGUCCAGAGUGCAGGUCUGGUUCCAGAACCGCCGAGCCAAGUGGCGGAAGAAGGAGAACACCAAGAAGGGUCCGGGCCGGCCCGCGCACAACGCACACCCGACCACCUGCAGCGGCGAGCCCAUGGACCCGCAGGAGAUCGCCCGGCGAGAAUUGGACCGUCUGGAGAAGAAGAAACGGAAGCAGGAGCGCCGCCUGCUCAAGGCCCAGAACAAGCACCUUCACGGGGAUCUAUUUCACACGCCGGGAUCGGACAGCGACAGCGGCUUGUCUCACGUCACCGACAACGAGCUCGGCACCGGCCCGCGUUUGGACCUCACCAAACCGGUCUGCGAGCCGGCGCCUCACUCGCUGCACACGCCGAGCCAGAACCAAAGACACUUGGACCAGGACGCUUGCGGCUCCGAGCUGGACUCGGCCGACGCCGGUCACCGCUCGAGCCUGUGCUCCGGCACCAACCGAACCUCCGGCUUGCAGAAACUAAACCCGUUCAGCGUGGAAAGCCUCCUGUCGGACUCCAGACCCAGACGCAACUCCGCGGCCUUACCCAGCUCUCGGCCCCUCAUUGGGAAGGGCCACUUUCUGCUCUAUCCCAUCACGCAGCCGCUAGGAUUCAUUGUCCCCCAGACGGCCUUAAAAACAACUUCGAACCCUGACAGCGGUUCCGAGGAUCCGGCGGGGAGGAACCAGGCACCCGGCGUCCAGUGCGGCGCCUCUUCGGGGUGCAGGAGCGUCUCCCCGGGGGCCACGGACAGGGACCGGGCGGGGUCGGGCUCCAGCAGCCCUGGGACUUUGGGCCACGAACCCGGCACACAAUGCGUAAAGGAACAUUUAGAGGAGAGUCCAGUAGAACCACCGCCGAACUCUCACGACAAAACGGAAUAA